UUAAAGGGGCUAGUCUACCCUGGGAUGCUGGGUGCACGUGGUGCUGGAGAGAGACUGGGGCUACCCACCCCGCACUCCACUGUCUCUAUGUCUCUCUCUGUGUCUCUUCUCUUUUUGUCUCUCUCUCCCUGUCUCUGUCUUGACCCACAUAAUCUGCGACAAAAUGCAGCCUUCAUGAAGAUAUCUCUAAAACAUUUUUAAAAUACCUUUUAAGGAAGAAAGCAACCAAGCACCUUUUUCCUUUUUAUUUUAAUUUUAAAGGAUCAGAAAAUCCUUAUCCGACAUUCCUCAGUACUUCAGUGCUCCAAAUGAGUCAUCCUGGAAAUUGACAGCUUCCAGCAACUGAUGUCACAGAUCCAUAGGGGAUCAGGGCACUGUGAUCCCAGCUGCAUCCUUUGCCUGUUCUUUUUCCUUCUGUGUCCCCAACUCUCCAAGCUAAGCAGCUUCCCUUGUGUGAGGAGAAAUAUGCCCAUUACAAGAGGACCAUUGGCUCAUUUGCUCCUUCUGUGAAAAUCUCCAAGCCUCCCUCAGAGCAGCUCCAGUGUAUUGGGACCCCCUGUGGAGUCAUGCUAAGGGGUCUCUCCUGCCCAGUUCAGGACACCAAUUGCACCAAGAUCAUGACUUCCAUCAGUGAGUGGAACAGCACAGAAGUGGAUGCCUACCGUGUGCUCGAUCUUCCUCCCAGCAUUCCCACGGCAGUGGGGUUGCCACCCCAUUCCCGGAAUAUCUUCCCUACAGUAGAUGCCCCGGACCAUGCCCACUAUACCAUUGGUGCUACCAUCUUGGUUGUGGGUUUCACAGGAGUGCUGGGAAACCUGCUGGUCAUCUACACAUUCUGCAGGAGUCGCAGCCUUCGCACGCCGGCUAACAUGUUCAUCAUCAACCUUGCCAUCAGCGACUUCUUCAUGUCCUUCACCCAAGCCCCAGUGUUUUUCGCCAGCAGCCUACACAAACGCUGGAUCUUUGGAGAGAAAGGAUGUGAAUUUUAUGCCUUCUGUGGGGCUCUCUUUGGCAUCACCUCCAUGAUAACGCUGAUGGCGAUUGCCCUGGACCGGUACUUUGUGAUCACCCGCCCUCUGGCCUCUAUUGGUGUGAUAUCGAAAAAGAAGACUGGACUCAUCCUCAUUGGAGUCUGGCUGUACUCUCUGGCUUGGAGCCUUCCACCUUUCUUUGGAUGGAGUGCCUAUGUUCCUGAAGGGCUGCUCACGUCUUGUUCCUGGGAUUACACAACCUUCACCCCAUCUGUCCGGGCUUACACCAUGCUGCUCUUCUGUUUUGUCUUUUUCAUUCCCCUGAUUGUAAUCAUCUACUGCUACAUCUUCAUCUUUAGGGCCAUUCGGGACACCAACAAGACUAUUCAAAACAUUGGAUCUAGUGAGAGCACGGCAUCCCCAAGGCAUUGUCAAAGGAUGAAGAAUGAGUGGAGGAUGGCAAAGAUCGCCCUGGUGGUCAUCCUGCUCUUUGUGCUGUCCUGGGCCCCCUAUUCAACAGUGGCCCUCGUGGCCUUUGCUGGGUAUUCCCACCUCCUAACUCCAUACAUGAACUCAGUGCCAGCCAUCAUUGCCAAGGCCUCCGCCAUCCACAAUCCCAUCAUUUAUGCCAUCAGCCACCCCAAGUACAGAAUGGCCAUCGCCCAGAAUUUUCCAUGCCUUAAGGCCUUGCUUGGUAUAAGGCACCCCCGCACUCCAUCCUUCAGUAGUUACCGCUUCACCCAUCGCUCGACCAUGACCAGCCAAGUGUCUGCCAUCAGCUGGCAGUCUCGAGGUAGACGCCAGCUAUCCUUGGGUUCUGAGAGUGAAGUCGGCUGGAACAACAUGGAGGCAGGUGCUGCAAGCCUGACCUUGAAGAACCAAGACGGGUCCUGCAGGAUGGACCAAGAGAUUAUGGAAACACGAGAGCCGAUGGUCACAGCCAAGGCCAAGGGUCGAAGCUGGGAGACUCUGGCCAAGACACUGGAAGAGAUGGAUGACUUAUCUCUCCUGGAGACAGGGACCCUGCUCCCCAACCUGGAUCUUCAAAUAUAAAUACAAUUCUGCACCCUGCCCAGAGGUCACUCGCCACUCUGUGCUUUUGGUUAUGUGUCUACUUCUUCACACUUACAUCACAAAAAUGGAAAUCAAAACACGUUAGAUGUUGUUGCCAAGUGUCUGGUGCCCUAUUGUGAUUCUGCAGCCCUCUACCAGCGGGGAUAAGGCCCCCUCCUUUCCUCUCUAGAACAUGACACUCAAGCCCUGCUCUCCCAAGCAAUAUUCAGCACCCCCCCCCCAGUAUUUCCAGGACGACAGAAAAACUGGGACAUGAUUUGACCAGCUGCUCCCAAGUGCAGUUUCUUUAUGUUACUACUCAUUGGUAGUUUACUGUUGUUUUGUAUCCUUUUGAAAAUAAGCCGUUAAAAAAAAGCGGUGACCACUCAGCGAUAAAAGCAUAGGGAUUUGGCCUGGGAUGUUUGAGUCACGCCAAGAUUAUUUGAAAUAUUAUAAUCUUGUUUUCUCUCCAUUUUCCCUCCAUGACUAAAUAGGUCUCACAGUUGACAGGGUUAAUCUCCAUUUUUUGAUGUGUAACAAGGAUGCACCAACCCUAUGUGCUUGCGGUUGGCUUCCAUUAUAAUCUCUUUAAAUUUAUCCGAGGUUUCUCUGAUUCUAAUGCGUGUUUCAUGAAAAAAAAGUCCCCACGGGUGAAAUGGAAGCCCUCGCCAUUGUUCUGUUUUGCCAGUGGGAUGGUGUUGCAUGGACAGUUGGGAUUUCAUUGGCAUAGAGAACUUCCGGGUGAGGAAAUUCCCUCUACCAAGUCUGUUCACCAUCUCUGUGACUAGAGUUGCUGCCCGAGAGCAGAGGUGCCUUAUACGUGGCUGGCAGCCUGCAAAACUCCUGAGUGAAGCCAGAACAAAAUUAAAAUAAAACUGGAUAACCUGAAAAAAAAAACCCUAAAUAA